AUGGAGACACCCGCGACGACGCUCCGGUGGACGACACUCGAGACGUCAAUGCAGCUGCAGUCGGGUCACUUGUUCUGGCUCCACGUGACGCUCCGGAUCGUGCUCAAGCGCGAGCUCGUCGACUGCGCCCCCAGUCGAGAAGUGCCCGUGCUGUCCAUCCACCGGUCCCGACCCUUUCGUCGCGACUUGGAGAUCGAACUGAGCGCACGCGGCCGUCAGUUUCCCGUCGAGAUGCUGCCCGUGUCGGCCCACGACGUGCGGCGCCGGCGCUUCGGCCUCGUGUACGGCCCCCGACGCAAACGCCUUCGCCUCUGUGCACCGACUGUGGCCACGUACGACCGCUGGGAGCCGCUGCUGGCGCUCGCGGUGGCCAAUGCAGCGACCGAACGCCCAACGUGUCGUUUGAAAUGGCUGUCGCCGGCCACGUCGCGCAGCGGCUUCUCGGCGCGCGAAGCGAGCAGCGCGUUCUCGGACGAGUUUGGCUUUAGUGACAACGACAACGCCGCCGACGGGGACGAGGGCAGCGACUGGCGAUGCCACUGGCUGCGGGAGACACAGCGGACGCCAAGUACCAGCAGCAGCAGCAGCAGCAGUAGCGUUGUCGACUCGUGA